UCACGUGACCGGCGCGCCUGUCAUUCUGCAGCGGCCCCGGCUUCCCUCUGCGCCCUCAACGUCUCUUUGGUGCCGGACCUUUUAGGAUUUCUUGACUUUGAGUCUUCCUCCACCGCUCACGUCUUCGGACCCGUCAGGCGACGCCGACCCGGUUCUGACGCGGCGCCGGGGCUCGGCUGUGGCAGCGACGUUCCCGGAUCCCGUGACCCAAUCCCGCCUCCUUCGGUGGAAGAUUUGUUGAAAAGCAUUCAAGAUCGUAAAACUUAGAUGACCAAAAUGGAUAUCCGGGGUGCUGUGGAUGCUGCUGUCCCAACCAACAUUAUUGCUGCCAAGGCAGCAGAAGUUCGUGCAAACAAAGUAAACUGGCAGUCCUACCUUCAGGGACAGAUGAUUUCUGCUGAAGAUUGUGAAUUUAUUCAAAGAUUUGAAAUGAAAAGAAGUCCUGAAGAGAAGCAAGAGAUGCUUCAAACUGAAGGCAGCCAGUGUGCUAAAACGUUUAUAAACCUGAUGACUCAUAUCUCCAAAGAACAGACAGUUCAGUACAUACUAACUAUGGUUGAUGAUAUGCUGCAGGAGCAUCACCAGCGAGUUAGCAUUUUCUUUGACUACGCAAAACGUAGCAAGAGCACUGCCUGGUCCUACUUUCUGCCAAUGCUGAAUCGCCAGGAUCUCUUUACUGUUCAUAUGGCAGCAAGAAUUAUUGCCAAAUUAGCAGCAUGGGGAAAAGAAUUGAUGGAAGGCAGUGACUUAAAUUACUAUUUCAAUUGGAUAAAAACUCAGCUGAGUUCACAGAAACUGCGUGGUAGCGGUGUUGCUGUUGAAUCAGGAACAGUCUCUUCAAGUGAUAGUUCUCAGUACGUGCAGUGUGUUGCUGGCUGUCUUCAGCUGAUGCUUCGGGUUAACGAGUACCGCUUUGCCUGGGUAGAAGCAGAUGGGGUAAGCUGCAUAAUGGGAGUCUUAAGUAACAAGUGUGGCUUUCAACUCCAGUAUCAAAUGAUUUUUUCAAUAUGGCUCCUGGCGUUCAGUCCUCAAAUGUGUGAGCACCUGCGGCGCUACAACAUCAUUCCAGUUCUGUCCGAUAUCCUUCAAGAAUCUGUCAAAGAGAAAGUAACAAGAAUCAUUCUGGCAGCAUUCCGUAACUUUUUAGAAAAAUCAACUGAGAGAGAAACUCGCCAAGAAUAUGCUCUGGCUAUGAUUCAGUGUAAAGUUCUGAAGCAGUUGGAGAAUUUGGAGCAGCAGAAGUAUGAUGAUGAAGAUAUCAGUGAAGACAUAAAAUUUCUUUUGGAAAAACUCGGUGAGAGUGUCCAGGAUCUUAGCUCAUUUGAUGAAUACAGUUCAGAACUUAAAUCUGGAAGGUUGGAGUGGAGUCCUGUGCACAAAUCUGAGAAAUUUUGGAGAGAGAAUGCUGUAAGGUUAAAUGAGAAGAAUUAUGAGCUCUUGAAAAUCUUGACGAAGCUUCUGGAGGUGUCAGAUGAUCCCCAGGUCUUAGCUGUUGCUGCUCACGAUGUGGGAGAGUAUGUGCGGCAUUAUCCACGAGGCAAGCGGGUGAUCGAGCAGCUUGGUGGGAAGCAGCUGGUGAUGAACCAUAUGCACCACGAGGACCAGCAGGUCCGCUACAACGCUCUGCUGGCAGUGCAGAAGCUGAUGGUGCACAACUGGGAAUAUCUUGGUAAACAGCUACAAUCUGAGCAACCUCAGACUGCUGCUGCCCGAAGCUGAACUGUGCUCUCCAGUCUCUGCAUUUCCAGCUUUCCAGCUUAGCUGUGACAAUGUACCUGGAGUGUGAAUCUCAGUAUAUAGGGUCAAGAAUAAAUAUAUUUUUAAUUUUACUUGUAAUUUUCUUUAGUUGUGUAACUUUUUCCAGUGCUGAUUUCUGAUAAAAUUGUUUGCCCAUUCGGUUGUAUGAAGUAGCUGCUUUCUUUAUCUAAGGAAAAUAUUACCGUUACAUACAUAGCUUACUACUUCUGUAUUUAUUGUUCUCUGGAAAUGAAUAUAGUUAUUAAAGGAUUCUCACUCCAAAUA